AUGUCUCUACUAACCUCCAAAUUCAUGGAAGCCCUCUGGGUGCGGAAAUCAUUCUCCGCAGCUGGCCACACAUCACUAGUCUAUGACUAUCUUCUGACUCUUCAAGAUGAACAUACCCCCGACUGCAGAUCCGUUACAUCUGGAAUGCCCCCUGGACGGUCGUUAAAGCUUAAAGUCUUGUUUCUUUUAAACCGAUAUGGAAAUCUUAUUGGGCAAACAUUCAUCCAGCUGGAAGAGGCCGGUCUUCUCAUACAUGGCUCUCAAGUGUUCUGCCAACGCUUCGCAGUUCUCAGCACUUGCGUUAUGUUUCUAUCCACAGAAUCGAUUCAUAUACUUGUGCUCUUGUGUGUGUGGGCCAUCUGGGGAACUCGGAAGACCGCGACAAAGAUCCUCAUCUUGAGCUACAUGUCAUAUGUCCUUUCAAUGUUGGGCGUAUCAGUGUACGGGAUAAACAACGGUCAUAAAUGGUUGCGCUCGGGUAGUUCUAUUUCCAUAUCUCGACGUGAUUCAGACUUGCGUGGCAGUAAUGCCAACGUAUUAAUGGUCCGCCAGUUCAAAGACUAUGUUGUCUCAGGAGAUACUCUAGGGAAUUUCAGAGUCUUUAUCCCUCUCAUCUCCUCCAUGUGCUCUUUCGAGAUGCAAUCAUAUUUUUUAUUGACUGCAUAUUCGGACAGUCCAAAAUACUUCCUUGGUAAAGGGUUCGCGAGUCCCUUGCUUUCAGUAGCCGAUCCCGAUCAGUGCCUGGUCCUGAACCUGAGAGGCCUCACAACGCGUACCUAUUCGACCCGCGAGCUCAGUCGUGAAGUGGACCGGCAACUCGAGGCAUUUGCUGACGCGGACUCUGCAUGUGGAGGCGACAUGAAUGACCUGGAAGGUGAGCGAGAUUAA